AUGACGGAGGCUGUGAUAAGGAAGAAGGCCGGGAUGGCGAGCGUGAAGGAUAUGCCGGUUUUGCAGGACGGUCCGCCGCCGGGCGGGUUCGCUCCAGUCCGAUUCGCUCGGCGGAUCCCUAACACGGGACCAAGUGCCAUGGCCAUUUUCUUCGCCGCUUUUGGGGCCUUCUCAUGGGGGAUGUACCAGGUCGGCAAAGGCAACAAGAUCCGCAGGGCACUGAAGGAAGAAAAAUAUGCUGCUCGGAGGGCCAUAUUGCCUAUGCUUCAAGCUGAAGAGGACGAAAGAUUUGUGAAAGAAUGGAAGAAAUAUCUGGAAGAGGAGGCAAGAAUCAUGAAAGACGUUCCCGGUUGGAAGGUUGGGGAGAGUGUUUACCACUCGGGAAGAUGGAUGCCUCCUGCUACUGGGGAGCUCCGUCCUGACAUCUGGGACGUCAUACCCUGGCGCCAUGACUGA